AUGCUACAGGGAUUCAAUGCAACGUUAACAGAACCAGUGAAUGCCCCAGGAAGAAGGUUUGAUCAGUUCAAGGAAAUGGAGCUCAAGUUGCAUCCAGACUUGAAGGAACCCCUAAAGAAGCUUUGUGAUGAUCCAAAGACAACAAUUGUUGUUCUUAGUGGAAGCGAUAGAAGUGUCCUGGAUGAGAACUUUGGUGAGUACAAUAUGUGGUUGGCAGCGGAACAUGGUAUGUUUUUACGUCGUACGAAGGGAGAUUGGAUGACAACAAUGCCAGAAAAUUUACACAUGGAUUGGGUUGACAGUGUAAAGCAUGUUUUUGAGUAUUUCACGGAGAGAACACCCCGGUCUCAUUUUGAGCUUCGUGAGACUUCACUUGUCUGGAAUUAUAAAUACGCAGAUGUGGAGUUCGGAAGGCUUCAAGCUAGAGAUAUGUUACAGCAUCUUUUGACAGGCCCUAUCUCAAAUGCUGCUGUGGAUGUUGUCCAAGGUCGCCGAUCAGUUGAAGUCCGAGCAGUUGGCGUCACCAAGGGCGCAGCGAUUGAUCGUAUACUGGGGGAAAUAGUCCAUAACAAAGAUGUGAAGGCACCCAUUGAUUAUGUCUUGUGUAUUGGGCACUUUCUGCCGAAGGAUGAAGACAUCUACACAUUUUUUGAGCCAGAGCUUCCUACUGGACCAGUGGCUGCAGCAAGAGUAAAGGUAGCCAAUCCUGUCAAUCGAGCUGCUUCAAAUGGUUCAACAAGGAAAAGUGCGUUCAGGGCGAUUCGUAGUAAGGGCCCUCAGAUAUUUCCUGCCUCAGAGAAGCGAACAAGCAAUAAUGGAAACGGGAAUUGUUGCUCUAUAAUGCGUGAUAGAAUGACAGUACACGAGGGUUCAUCUGUUCUUGAUCUUAAGGGCGAUAACUACUUCUCUUGUGCUGUUGGAAGGAAGCGAUCAAGUGCCCGGUAUCUUCUUGGAUCAUCAGCUGAUGUAGUAUCACUGUUGAAGGAGCUGGCAGAGUCAUCACCACCAGGAUGA